AAUAAUAAUCAAUGCAUAGAUAGGUGUACAAUAGUGACAGUAUGCACCUAAAUAUCUAAAUUGUAAUCGAAAAUGCUGAUUUAAACAAAUUCAAUGCUCAAUACUGCUGACUAGUGUCAUUCGUUACCUUUUGUUUUCUAUAACCUUUUUAAUCAUUUAGUGAGAAAAAGUUGCCUAAUCCUAAUUUGACGAACAAUGAAACUGACUUGGAAGUAUCUUUCCUUGAACAGAAUGAAUCACCAAACAAAUCUUUAAAUCCUGUUACAAAUUAUACACCAAAUCCAAUGGAUACAUUCAAUGCUGAAAGGAAGAAGGUUACCAUUGUUGAUCCAUAUGAUAAAUUAAGUCAAGAUAUUCAGUUGAAAACUGAAAAGGUGUUGAGUGACUUGAGAUCAGUACCGCUUAAGUAUACACCGAAAAAGAAUAAAGCACUAAGGUCAAGAAGUCUAGAGAAUGUACUUCUUCAAGAAAAGCUGGAGGAGGAUUGUGCAAGUGAGGACUGUGUUGGUCGUGGUAGCAGUGAUGUUCUAGCCGAAGACAGUGAUGAAGAGCUAAGUGAACUUUCAGAUAAAAAAUUCGCCCAAAUUAUCAGUAAACUCAAUAAGAUCAACGAAAAGAGAUUCAGAUCACCAGAAAAGCAUUUGGAUGUAUAUAAACAUUAUGAAGAGAUCUAUCAAAAGACCGACUUACUUAAAAUACGCUGUGAAAUGCUCCAGACAUACUUAGAUUUCUUAGAGACACGUAAACAAUCCUUGGAAAAGGUUAUUACAGAGUUACAACAAGAAUAUCGUAGAAGUCAACAGAUUCAAGGCGGAGUAAAUGAAAAUCAGUGUAAAUUGGAUUGUCAACAAUUUGAAGAAAUACUUACAAAUCAAAGUAUAGCACUAGCUAGAGAAAAAGAACAAUCGACUAAAAUUCGAUUAAAAUAUGAAUCUGCUGAAGCGGCGCGUUUUGCACUGAGUCAACAACUUCAGUUAACUUGCUCUGAAUAUAAUGCUGAUAAGGCAUUUUAUUUACGACAAAUUAAACAGUUGGAACAAGAAAUUGAAGAACGUAUUCAUAAAUCAAAUGAAGUAAAGACAAACAAUGAACAAUUACAAAAAGAGGCAAUGGACUUUAAAAGACAAAUCAGUUUGUUGAAAGAUGAAUUGAAAGAGAAAGAAUUUGAAAUUAACGUCAUCAAUCAGUGUUAUGAUCAAAAGUGGAAGGAAUUAAAUGAAAAACACUCUUUGGACAUUGUAAGACUACAGAAAGAAAUAACUGAUCUAUCCGUUGAAAAGUCGAAUAUGUCUGCUAAAUAUGAAUGUGAAAUAAGUUCGAUCAGUAGUCAGUUACGAAUGGCACAAGAUAAAGUCCACGAUUUGUUGUGUGAAAAAGAAAGUCUUUGUAAACAACUACAGGAAAUUAAUCAUAAAUUGAAUAUAAGUAGUCAAGAGAAAGAUGAAUUACAAAAGAGAAGUGAAGCUGAAUUAUUGAAAAUAAAACAGGAAAAAGAGGCGGAGUUCUCGAAAAUACAAACAAAUCUACAAGAAAAUCAUAAAAGUAAACUGAAUGAAAUGCAAGCACAAUUUGACAAAGAUCUUGAAUUAGUUAAAAAGAAUCAUGAAACAGAAAUUGAAAAGCUGAAAACAGAUUUAAAAGAUAUUCAAUCACUGAAUAAACAACUCACAUGUUAUAUUGAUACAUUGGAAAAUUGUAUUCAAAAUACGCAAAGACAAAAGUUAUCCAAUCAACAGGUACAAACUGAUAUUCAUUUCAUCCCAACAGAAGUCAGUACAUCAAAUAAACAUUUGGAUGGUAAAAAGAAUGUUUCAACUCAGCGUUCACCAUCUUUGGAUUAUUCAGCUGAUGGUGGGAAUAAAAUGUUGAAAUUAAAGGAUUUAACAAGUGCUAAUAAUAAGUCUACGGGUACUUCGACUGGACCACUUGAUAUAAUUCCAUCCAAUACAAGUUCACAAUGUUUAAAGGAGAAAGAGCAUAAGAAGGCAAUUGAAAAUUAUGAGAAUAAGUUGUCCCAACUACAAGUGAACAUGCAUCAAUUAGGUCAUGAUUACGAUUCGCUAAUUCAUUUAUUCAACAAUACUGUUAAUGGUAUCAUUAAAUUUGGCAAUCGUGAAUGUGGUCGUUUCAGUAAAUUGUUAAAUAUCCACAAUAAAGAUGUUGAAGUGCCUUCAGUACGCAGCAGGACACCUUAUCAAAUGAAAUUAAUGUAUGAGAAUGAAGGAAUUGCAAACUCAUCGGAGAAUAAUUUAGUUGUUAAAAGCUGGAUAGAUCCAAUGAUUGAAGUUAUUGGUAAAUUAUCAGCUUAUUGUAUAAGAAUAUGCGAUUUGAUUGAAUCGCAACAAGAACACUUAGAAUGGCAAUCUGAAAAUUUGACUGAACUGCGUGAUAUAACACGUAAACAGAUUGAAGUACAAAAGAAACAGAUAAUAAAGACGCGUAAAGCUCAAUUGAAUCGUAUGCGAAAUAGUCUACAGCAGAAACAGACAGCUACUCCUCCUCUGGUUGAACUGCCUGGAAAUGGUUGCAGUAAAACUCCAGAAUUAUGUUCACUUCCAUUCAACACAAUAAUGAAUAAGAGGAGUGCUGAGAAUUUAUUGUCACAGUUUCCAAGUGUUGGAAUAAGAAAACCACUUCAUGAAAAUAUUUGUACAGUAAGAAGUCCAAUAUUUCCGUCACGGAAACUAGUUUCCGAUUUUUAUUCUGGUGACAUCAAUAAAACAAUUGGAAAGAAACAGAAUUCAGGCUACUGUGCAUCACCUCAAAUGAAAAAGCAGAUAUACAGCUCACCUAUAUCUCGUCCAUUAUCUACAAACUGUAAUACUUCUCCAUAUGAAGAUAUCAGAAGCCUCAGUUCACAGCAUGUAGUUGCAGAAAAUUCAGUCUUUCCAGAUAUUUGCUUAACUCCAUUUCCUAGUUUAGAUUUAUACUUUGUAAAAUGGUUGAAUGCAGCCUAUCGUCGACAUACCUCACCAUAUUCCAUAAUAUCAGAUCGAAUUUCAUCAAUGAUAUAGGAAUUAAAUAUAUUUACUUUCUUACUCGCUUCAAAAGUAAUCACACUGUGGAACUUAACAACUCAAACAUCUGAAGUUAUUAAUUCAGUCAGCCAGACCUUGGAGUAUGUUAUGUGUAUUUCCUAUUUAUUUUUUGGAUAAGAAGCAGUACAGAUUAAAAGUACUCAGAGAAGAAGAUUUCAUUACUUUGACUCUCUCUCUCCAAUGACUGAUUCUAGUUACCUCAUCCUGCGUUACUACGAUGACGUUAUUGGCGUAUAGAUAUUUUUAAAGCUUUUAUUCCUUGUUUAUUCAAAGUAUCUGAUACACAACUAUUGUAAUUAUUUUAUUUUACUAACUUAUAAUUUAUGGGUUUUUUUUGACAACUAACCAACUGAAUCUGUUUUUAAACAACAAAAUGUAACUUUUUGUCACUAGAUUAUUAGUUUGUAAUGAAGUGUUUUUGACUGUGAUCACAUUUUGAAGGGGAG